AAAAUCAUUUGAGGUGAAACAGGGUGCCAUGGCAGAGAUACUUUACAGAUCACACACCAACACAAACACACAGUACCAAUUACCAAUUACCAAACGAACUAUCGAGUGUGAUUAUUAUACGAGGUUGGGCCCAUAAUGUUUUCUAUUGUGGAGCCCAUGUUGUGGACGGUUCUGAUUGGCCUGGAAUAGGCGAGAUCUUCAUUCAUCAGUGCAGGUGCAGUUGUUGCAUUUGCAAUUUUCAUUUUAAAAUCCUGCCUGCCUAGUCCUCUGGACUGAGAUAUGGCAGAAGAGGAAGAAGAAUCAGAGCUUUGCGAGAAGCAGAAGAUAGAAAUCGCGAAAUGGUUCCUCCUCAACGCUCCCCCUGGAGAAAUCCAAUACGUUGCAAAAGAUGUGAAAUCCAUUCUGAACGACGACGAUUUGUACAAUGAGGCAGCUUCCGAAGCAUUUCCUUCUUACAACAAAUCCCACUUGAUUUCCCUUCAAUUGCCCAAUCGGAGCGGAGACGUGCUGGUUACUUCGUUUGGCGAGCUUGAAGGGAAUGCAUUUCUUGAUCCUAGGACUGCCCAAGUAGCAAUAGUUGACCAUGUUAAACAAGUUUGUACAGCGGUAAGACCUGCAAUGGAUGAGGAACUUCCAUCUCCAUACAUUGAAGAAUUUCGAUGCAGUCUGGAUGCUGAAAUACUUAAAUAUGUUGAAGAAGCUUAUCCAAAAGGUGUCUGCUCUGUCUACUGUGUAAAUGGGAAGGAUCUAGAUGGCCCAGGUUCUGAUUUUGAGCUUGCUGUGGUGAUUUCUGCUGCUAGGCAUAGCCCGCAAAAUUUCUGCAAUGGGAGUUGGUGUUCAAUAUGGAAUAUUGAGUUCAAAGAUGAUCAACAAACAGUGGAAGUAAAGGGUAAAUUGCAGGUGGGUGCCCAUUAUUUUGAGGAAGGAAAUGUGCAGUUAGAUGCAAAGCAUGAAUGCAAAGAUGCAACUCUUUUUCAGGCCCCUGAAGAUUGUGCACUUUCCAUAUCAAGCAUUAUUCGUCACCAUGAAACAGAGUACCUUGCUUCUCUUGAGGCAUCAUAUCUAAACCUUCCUGAUUCCACUUUCAAGGAUCUUCGGAGGAAACUUCCAGUCACCCGCACCUUAUUUCCAUGGCAUAAUACUCUGCAAUUCAGCUUGACAAGAGACAUGUCAAAAGAGCUUGGCAUUGGGAAGUAAUUACACACACAACAAAUAGUUGUGUUUACUCGAACUCGGUGGUGACAAGUUCCUUAUAUGUUCACUAUAUGUAAUUUGAUAAAGUCAUUCAUUCUUAGGGUUGACUUUAUAUUCACUCAUUUGCUUCUUGAAGCACCCUUUGUCGGAGUGUCUUCCGCCGUUGUACUGUACCGUAAUUCUUUUUUAACAUUUGUAUAGCAGUAAAGAGUUAAGCUUGUUUCUAUCCAUUAUUUCCUAAAAAGU